AUUGAAUCCUCAGCUGCUUCCAGUUUAUUGGACUCAUCGUCUUAUCAGACCUGCUCGGUCGCUCCCUCCCUCCUCUGACAGGCUCUCAAUCAUCCUAAGGGAUCCCUCCCUACCUCUCUCACACACAUCUCACUCACCUCUCUCCCUCCUGGCGUCGUCCACAUCCUGUACAUCAACACUGGAGACCCGGAGCUAAAGAUGUCCUGCACGUAUGCAACCGUCCUGGCUCUCCUCGCCGUGCUCCUCGCACUCUCCUUGUCUCUGGAGGCAGAGUCUGCAGCUGUGCCCAGCAGCACAAGCAGCACUACAGAUCCACAAGGUCCGCUGAAGAGGAUUUUCAUGAAGGAGGCCGAUGCCUCAAACUUCUUCAGGAGACGCAGCAGACGGGGAGCGAAGUCCCAGGAUGAGAUUAACGCUGAGCAGCGGCUGGUUCUGGCUGCAGACGAGCGCAGAAGAGAGUUUCACGAGGAGCAGAGGAACGAGUUUGAGAACUACGCUGAGGAGGAUAACGAUGAGCAAGACGAGAGGACCAGAGAGAGCACCGAGCAGUGGAGGGAGUUUCACUACGACGGGAUGCAUCCUCCCCAAGAGUACAACCGUCACUCCGUCUGAGAUACAGUGAGAGAGGAGAGAUGUGAUGCUGUGAGCUGGAAGGAACCCAAGACUGAGAAGAAACGUCUUGAUCUACACAGCGAUGCGUCUCACCACACACCCUGACAGCUGCACAGUAAAGACCUCACACACAGAAUGAAAUGUUUGAAAUCCCUUUUUUUAAUCCUUGUGUUGCUGAUAUUGGCUUUAUGUCUUAGUUGUUAGGGCUCCCACUGACUUCACUGCUUAUUGUAUGAAAUAAAUAGCAACGAUUCUUCUUCGAAACUUCUAAAAAAACAAACAAAUGAGCAUAAACUAUUGAAGUGAUAACCAUUUUAAACCAAAGCAGCAAUAGUUGUGCCUUUUUCAGGUCUUCAACUAACAAUUAUUUUUAUUGUUGAUUAACUAAGUGUUUAUUUUAUAUAUUCAUGAUUGAUUGAUGUGUUUUUGGUCUGGAAAAUGUCAGAAGGCAGUGUGAAAUAACUGUUUCGUAAAUUCCAGGGUGAAGUCAAUUUGAAUUUCUUGUUUGGUCCAACAAACCGCCCCAAAAGCAAAGACAGUCCAUUAUUGUUGAGGCGACAAAGACAACCAGCAAAUAGUCACUUCUCAGGAGUUGGAACCAGGGUAUCUUUUGUUUUUUCGGCAUUCCUGACUAAAGCAACCGAAGUGAAAAGAAACCCAAUUAAACCUUUUCAGGAUUAUAAUGGGGAUGUGUUGCUAAGAACAGUAAUGUCAACAUCUACCACAGAUAUUCAGUAAAUGCCCCAUACCUAUGAAUCAAGGUGUUUUUACUGCAGCAUGUUUAAAAAGAAAUUCUCAUACAAUUACAUUUAAAUAAUUAUCUUAAACUUAAGCCUGAUAAAACGUUAGGAAAGUAUUUUGUUGUAG